UUGUGUUCAGGUCUGUUCAAAUGGAACUUCUUGACUGCAUGAGGGAAAUUGUUGCUUUUUUCUUUUUAAUCCAGUGGACAACUUCAGACAACAGUUCUCUCAGUAUAGUUGCCACUUGUAAAAAAGAUGAGCAUGCAGUACCCACAGAAUGGUAUACAAUCCAUGAAUCGAACCCUUCACCCUUAAACGAGCUGUCUGCAGAGCUGAUUGAAUCUCAAACCUCUAUUAUUAUCAGAUGGUCCAUUAAUAUUGAUAGCAGCUUUCGCAGUCUUAUUGGCACAUGGAUAACAGUUUCCGAAGAUUCUGACUCAUAUUACAGAUGCGAGUACCAGCCUCCAUUUACAUCAGAGCGAAUCAACCUCACUGGUCAAGAACAGUUAUGGUUCCAUUUCAUUGUGCCAAAUGUAGCUGUUUGUCCUUCAACCAGUUAUUACAUAUCUGCCUAUAAUAUUCCAACACCAUCUGGAGGAGCAAAUACAGAAUAUAUAAAGAUGGCCCAAACAGCUGAAAUUCAGUGGAAUGCUGACAUUCAUUCAGUGCUUCAUGGAGACAAAAUAGUGGUGACCUUCAAUACGAGCCUCGUGGCAGAAAGACAUACCAUCAUAUUGAAAAACAGCACACAACGACUGCUAAAAACAGAUGGAGGGAAAGGGGAAUGCAAAGUAGAAAAAUGUGAAGUGGAACUAGAAUACAUGGAAUACAUGGGUCCCUGUGAAGACCUUGAGAUAUUGAUACUGCCUCACUUCACAGACUGUCAUGAAGAAAGUGAAUGGAAGGUUCAAAAAGUGAGCUGUACUAGUGAGUAUCCUGUAACUCAUCUUCUCGUUUCACUGGCUUCUCUGAUCACAACAAUUCUGUGCUUACUCUCGGGGUGUUUUAUUCCAGACAGAUCUGCUUUGGACAUUGUUGGAUGUGUGCUAGCACUUCUCUUCGUGCUUCUCUGCUGCUUCAUCAUCUGUCAAACCUUCCGCUGGGUUCGUGGCUCGAGGCGCGCUGCGUCUGUGCGUGUGCUGCUCGUGUACCCUGCAAUAGACAGUGUGUUUCAGCGCUCUGUGAUGCUCCUGGCUGAAAGUCUGCAGAGUCGUGGUGGAGUACGUGUCGUCAUCGAUGUGUGGGAGAGAAGAAGUCUAGCAGAACAAGGGCCGCUCCGCUGGCUCAACACACAGGCUGACCUCUCAGACAGAGUCCUCCUCAUCUCACCACCUCAACGCACAUACACGGAUGACCUCAAAUCCAAACUAGUUCCUGGCGUGCCAGAUGACACAGUUUCAGCUUCUGCCAGCAAUCUCUUUGCUCUUGCGCUCAACCUCGUUACCAGUGCUGCCCAUGACCCACACAGCCGGGACAAGUUCUGGGUCAUCAGCCUGGAGCAUGAUGAGAAGAGUGUGCAGACUGAGCUCAGAGGCUGCAGGAUGUUCGUUCUGCCGAGAGACUUGAAGAAGCUCCAUCUGCAGCUGUUGAGUGGAGCGAUCCAGAGCCCAGUGCUGCCGAGGUGCUUCUACUGCAAAAACACCCUGGAGCAGCUGGAAGUGAAUACAGACUUCCCGUCUUGUGUAAAGCGUGUCAGCCUGGCAGAAUCAGAUGAAUAGGCCAAAAAUCAUUUUCUGUUGUCUCUGUUGUCUUUGUGUUUACUUUUCAAACAUGGUGUGGGGAGGGGGGGUGUACUCUGAGCUGGUUUAUCUGGUUUGCAGUGUCCUGUUUGCAGUUCUUGUGUUGCGUUUGUUUAUUGUGAAGUGUGGACUAUGACCACUUCAACGCAUGUGAUCUCCUGCAAAUGCUGUGAUAGAAUAACUGAUCCAUCUCUUUAUGGUCUAAUAAAGAAAAGUUUUUCAUUUUUCUUCAGCUGUGCCUACGGAAGCAUUCUUAUGCUGGAAUAGAGAAUACUAACGAUGGUCUACUAACUCAUGUAAAACAUCACAUACUGCUCACAGUCGCCUCCCACUGUAGGCUAAAGUUCAGGCUGAUAACUUUAACACCUCUGCUUUGAGCAAACACUGUUUGUGUCACAAAUGAACAGCUGAAAUUGUUUCUUUUUCUCGUUGGGUUCUGGCUUGCAUUUCUUCUGACUUACUCAGGGUCAGUGUUAGAGAAAGUUACUUUUGCAUUACACUGUGUUACUCCGUAAAAAAAAGUAACUAAUUGUUUUACUAAUUAAUGCGUUAUAUCACUUAUGUGUUACGUUUUGUAAUCUGGAUGGGCUUGCUUGUUAGUUUUUAAUAUUAAAAAGUUAUAUUUUUGGCAAA